AUGAAUCCCCCCCCUCCUCCCCGCCCUCUGCACCCCCGCCUUGCGCUGUACCAAGCGUCAGAUCAUAAAGAUGAUACUGUUCAAGUCCUUCAGGCAUUUCUCGAUCAUCUCCCCCGUGAAGGGAGAAUCCUCAUGGAAAGAGACAUUAGCCAAAUGACAGAUCUUGAGCUCAAACAGCAUAUGAUAUCAUUGGUACAUCAGGUUCUCAUGCCCAUGAUGGCUCGCCGAACUCCGAUCACCACCCCUCUAUCCCCUCGGCCCGGAGCGCAAGCAGAAGUCGAGAACCAGUACUCAGAGAUGAUAGAAACAGCCGAUCGCCUUAAAAUUUUAAAGGCAGAGUGCCUCUUACGAGAUGAUAAUAAGUGCACCAUCACCCUUGCGCGAGACGAAGAGAAUAACCCCCCAAACACCCCGGGUGAUCUAUGUAACACUCAAUGUUGUCAUAUUCUCCCGUUUUCCCUUUCUGUCUUCAAGAGUGAUGCAAAGGCCAGAGAAAGAGCCGCAGUCUGGGUCACACUAAGACGAUGCUUCCCAAUUCUAGAUUCAUUGGCUAUACGAUUCACGCAUAACGAUAUCAAUGAUCACCGAAACCAAAUUACAAUGGACGUCGCUAUACAUCAUCUAUUCGGCGCUUUUAAUUUCUCACUUGUGGCCACGCGAAUUCCAAAUCAAUACACAAUACAUCUUUGGAAGCCACAGAAGUUAAGGUUGAUUCGUCACAUUACAAGCGUAACAUUUAGUGCCCAUGGCACGCGGUUUCCCUUGCCGUCUCCAGAACUAAUUGAGAUACAUCAUACUGUUGCCCAGAUUCUCCAUGCGUCUGGUCGAGCAGGAUGGAUUCGGGCUGUCCUAGAUGAUCUGGAUGACACAAGUGUGCUUGCUUCUGACGGGUCGACAAACCUCACAGAUCUGCUGUGGGGAACAGAUUUGGCUCUGAUGGGUGGGUUAAUCCACGUGAACUGA